ACUACUUAGGGCGACUUUUGAACAGUUGGGUUUGAUUUCAAAGAGCAACCCUGUCUGUUCCCUGUAGCUCUUGAGAAAUUGUGGCGAUGAUUCAGUUAAGCCGAAGAGCUCGGUCAAUGCUCUCCUUGGGCCUCAACUGUCUUGCCCUCUGCUUUUCCGUGUCGGCUUUCAGCACCAGCUAUUGGUGUGAAGGGACCCACAAAGUAGUGAAAUCACCCUGCCUUUCAGUGGUCAAGAAGGGGAACUGUGUGCCCAUCAACAGCAAUGAGACUACGGAUGGGAAUGUGACCGUGAACCCCCACACAGUCCAGUACAUCUGGGAAACAGGAGAAGACAAGUAUGCUUUUCAGUAUUUCCACACGGGUUUCUGGCUGUCGUGUGAAGAACAUCAUGGAGAGGAGAAGUGUCGGAGUUUCAUUGAUCUGCCUCCAGAGUCAGAAAAAGGGGUGCUGUGGCUCUCCGUUGCUUCAGAAUUUCUCUAUAUCAUCCUAUUGAGUAUUGGAUUCUUGCUGAUGUGUUUAGAUGCUGUCUACUAUGCCAACUUCAUCGAUGGUCUCAAGAUCAAUGCUUUUGCAGCUGUGAUUACUGUUCUGUCAGGUCUCCUGGGCAUGGUGGCCCACAUGAUGUACAUGACUGUCUUUCAGGUGGCUGUAAAUCUGGGGCCAAAAGAUUGGAGGCCCCAGACGUGGUAUUACGGAUGGUCCUUUGGCUUGGCCUGGCUCUCUUUCACUCUCUGCAUGUCAGCCUCUGUGCUGACCCUCAACACUUACACCAAGACUAUUCUGGAGUUCAAGUACCGUCGGCAGAUUUUUGAGAAAUACACAGCAUCAACGGGGAGCAUCCGAGGUUCCAGCUCACCAGCACUGACCCCUGACCUGGAGCGUUUUCUGUGGGAUAAAUAUAUCUUCAGUGUCAGUGACUCCAUCAACUUCUUCCCAAGCCCACCAGGCCCCUUAGCUCCCAGUGGGGGCCGAAAGGACUAUACGGGAGGAUAUGCUGGCCUCGCAGGGACCCACAGUGGAGAUGCCAGAUGUGAGGAUGAUGGGGAACCCUGCUGAAGAGAGAACAUUGUGUAGAAAAAGAGAGCUGUCUCCACCAUUUCUCUUCUGCCCCCCUCUCUCAUUCACUCCCUCAUGCACCUAGUUAUAAUAAUGUUCCCUUCCCUCUCAUGUUGAAGCUCUGGAUCACUUCCACAGCUCAGAGAUAAGCUUAUUAUUGAGGACCUUAGGAUAGUUCUGCAGAUUUAAAAGGACAAGAUUGCCAGAUCCAGGGGCUCA